CUAUGUUCCCUUCCGGUUCAUUUUACCGGGGGAACCUACCGGAAGGGAAAGCUCCGCGGUGCGGCUUCUUCGUGGGCACAGUCGUGUAAUUUAUUUACAUCCUUUACCUUCGCAUUUGAAUUUCUAACAUUUUAUUGCCCCUGGGACUCAUCUCAGCAAGAAUGACAGACCGUUACAACAUCCACAGUCAGCUUGAGCAUCUUCAAUCCAAGUAUAUUGGCACAGGACACGCCGACACCAGCAAGUGGGAAUGGCUGGUCAAUCAGCAUCGUGACUCUUACUGCUCCUACAUGGGACAUUUUGACCUGCUCAAUUACUUUGCUGUGGCUGAGAAUGAGAGCAAAGCACGUGUCCGCUUCAACCUUAUGGAGAAGAUGCUUCAGCCAUGUGGCCCACCAGCAGAUAAACCUGAUGAUGCCUAGAUCACACCGGAGUGAGCAGGGGCUUUGUUUUUUUUUUUUUUUUUUGGACAUUCAGUGUUGUUUUCAACUGAAAUUUUCCAACAAGUACUGCUGCUUCACAAUCCCCAUACCCCUGCAAGACAGACAGACACACACGCACAACUGGUUCCUCAUCUACUUAUAGAAGAGGUCUUUAAUUAUUUUUUUUGGUUUCAUAUGGAUCAGCAUAAAAGAUUUUUUUGCCCAGUACAGUUUUCUGAGCUGUUAACUAAAAAUCUAAAAGUGCAUCAACAUCAACACAAUGUAUACUAGAGAAGAUGGUAGGAAAUAUGUACAAGGUGGUGUACUUUCAUGUAUUUGCAUUAAACGGUGGAAAUGUAUCCUUGGUUUUACUAUUGGUGUCAUUAAAAAUUGCCUUUUAUAUUUUGGAAA